AUGAAUCCUUUAUUACCUAAACAGACGAAGACCAGCAAAAUAACACCUGCCCGCAAUAAUUCUGGUGACAGAGAUUCCUUUAACGUGACAUUGAGGAAAAAAGAAAACAUGUCGCACCUUAAACCUACAGAUGAUCUUCGCCAAUCCAUCCGUGAAGAGAUGUCUGCGCUAUUCGAUGAUUUUAAAUGUAGUAUUAUACGUGAGUUCGAUAUUAAAACUAGUGAAAUAUUAAACCGACUCAUUAAAGUUGACGAGACCAUCUAUAAUUUAGAGAGCAAAUAUGAGAAACUGAAAGUGGACUUUGAAGACAGCGUAAAAACUGUUAACCAACUAAAGACUGAAAACCAGGAUCUCAAAUCGACAGUUAUGAGUCUUACUGAUCGAGUGUCUCAGCUCGAGCAGCACUCUAGAGCGGCUAAUGUGGAAAUCCAAUGCAUUCCUGAGUUUAAUAGGGAAAACCUGAUCACUACAGUUAAACAAAUUGCUUCUACCAUCAAAUACAAUCUAUGUGAGAAUGAUAUUCAUCUGUGCACUAGGAUCUCGAAAAUAAAUAAAGAAAAUAAACGGCCACGCUCUGUUGUCGUUAAAUUCAGCUGUCCCAGAGUACGUGAUGGAUUCUUAGCCGCAGCGGUAAUCUUCAACAAGAAGGCUACCACCAACGAAGACAAGCUUAACACCAGUCACCUUGGGAUCGGAGGAGAAAGACGACCUGUGUACAUUGGAGAGCAUUUGUCACCGGCGAUGAAGAGUCUACACGCGGCAGCUAGAGCACGGGCCAAAGAACUUCACUAUAGAUUUGUAUGGGUAAAAAGCGGAAAGAUAUUCUUACGCAAAACGGAAACUUCUGAGUACAUACUGAUAAAUUCGGCUACUUCACUAGCUGAGUUAAAGUAG